UUGGUUGGAUGCGCUAAAUUCUGUGGGAAGAACAUGCUGAGUUAGAACAGGACUGUAGAACAUGGAAAAAGUUUUGGAGUUGUCACACAACUGACCUCGAACUCAACUUGCUACAUGUAAUGUUGGAGAAAAGCUAUGGAUUUCGCUAACUAAAGUAGUGAAUAGUCUGUGUUCUAACACGAUAUUUAAAUGUACAACUUAGAUUAGACUGCUGCUUACUUUUUAUAAUAGUUCUCAAUUUUUAAAAUAUUUUUAUUUUACAAAGUUAUUUUAACACUUCACGUGACGGGUGAAGGUGACAACUUACAACGUACUGCCAGUGGACAGUCCAAUAAAAGAAUUCCACAAAUAAGCUAUUUAUUUGAAGGAAUAACUUAACAAGAUAUCUACGGACUAAAAGAAAAGUUGUGGUUGUUGACGUUGCCAUGGCUUUGCGUGUUGCUCCACCACGUGAUCCGCUGUCAGACGAGGAGGAGGGAGGUGCCGCCGUUUUCGAGUCCACUGCAGCCAACCCGGGCGGCGUCGCAGGUUCACGGCGCUGCGCGACCACUUUGCACGAGGUCUCCAAUAUCUGUGCCCCAGCGGUGGCGCAAACGAAUGGACGCGAGAUGGAGCAGAGGAAGGUGGGACCUGACGAACGAGGGAGUGGAGAGGAAGAUGGCAGUACGGAGAGAGUGCGUGUUUACCUGCGCAUUCGUCCUCUGAUGGACGUAGAGAAGGAGAGAGGGGAGGAACAGGGGUGUGUGUGCGUUCAGGAUGAGGAGACUCUGUUGCUCAGAGACCCCAGAGUCUCUCAGAGUGUGCACAAGUUCACCUUCACUCAGAUUUUAGGCCCAGGCACAACGCAGCAGGAAUGUUUUGAUCGCACCAUGAAGGAGACCGUGCGGGACGUCCUGCAGGGAGAGAGCAGGUUGCUCUACACGUACGGCGUCUCCAACUCUGGCAAGACCUACACCGUCCAGGGAACAGGCGGUGAAGCCGGGCUUCUCCCUCGCGCCCUGGUCUCCGUUUUCGGGAGGCUGCAGGGGCGCCUGUACGACUCCCCGGACCUGAAGCCGGCUCUGCGCGAGGAGGUGCGGCGGCUGACCGGCGCCGAGGUUCGGGCCGAGGAGGCGCGCCGGGACUCCCUGCUGAAGGAGGAGGACGGCUCAAUUUCCCAGAACUCCAGGCGAAGGGGUGGAGCCAGUGUCAGCGGUGACAGUGGCAUUGGGGGCGUGUCCUCGGGCAGCAGCAUCACCACGGAGCUGGAAGAUUUGGACAGCGUGUGCCUGGACGGCGACGCCCUGUCCCACAGCGGAGGGGAAGGCCCGGAGGACGGGGUGCGGUUUUCGGUCUGGGUCUCCUUUUUCGAGAUCUACAACGAGUUCCUGUACGACCUGCUGGAGGCCCCGCCCACACCGCCGUCGAGGAAACGGGCCACCCUGCGCCUGUGCGACGAUCGCCACGGCAACCCCUACGUCAAAGACCUCACCUGGGUACAGGUGCGCAGCGCGGAGGAGGCCUGGAAGGUGCUGAGGAUCGGCCGCCGCAACCAGAGCUUCGCCAGCACACACCUGAACCUCGCCUCCAGCCGCAGUCACAGCAUCUUCUCCCUCCGUCUGCUGCACAUCCACCCAGAGGGGGAGAGAGGGCACAGCACCCAGACCAGCGAGCUAACGGUGUGUGACCUGGCCGGGUCAGAGCGCUGUAAGGACCAGCGCAGUGGCGAGCGCAUGAAGGAGGCCAACAACAUCAACACGUCCCUGCACACGCUGGGGCGCUGCAUUACUGCGCUGAGACACAACCAGAGCAACAGGUCACGGCUCCCCCUGGUGGUGCCGUUCAGGGACAGCAAGCUGACCCGCGUGCUGCAGGGUUUUUUCAGCGGGCGUGGCCGCUCGUGCAUGGUGGUCAACAUCAACCCCUGCAGCUCCACCUACGACGAAACGCUGCAGGCGCUAAAAUUCUCCGCCAUCGCCACCCAGCUUGUCCACGGGCCGUCCGCCAAGACGCACGUGGCCUACAUCCAAUCGCUGCUGCGGUCGCACGGGCUGCAGACCAACGAGAACGCUCGAGAGGAGGAGGAGGAGGGGGCGGGAGAGUGCAGCCAGGAGGAAGAGGGCGACGUCACCAUGUUUGACCCCGAGGAGCUGAUAUGUGCCAUCGAGGUCCUGAAGAAGGAGGUGCAGAGACAGAGGGAGGAGAAGGAGGAGCUGGAGGCCAGGGUGAGGGAGCAGGUGUGCGGCGAGAUGAUGGAGGUGAUCGCGCGCAUGGAGCACGACUUCAGCGAGACUCUGGAGUCAGAGAGAGCGCUAAUGGAGGAGCGACACGAGAACAAGAUCAACAACCUGCAGAAGAGCCUGAAGAGAUUCUACACCCAGGAGAUACAGGAGCGCGAUGAACAGAUCGAGCGGCUGGCUGCCGAGCUGCGGAGGAGUGCAGAGGCGGGGUCGGGGGUGAGCGCCGCGCCGCCCGACCCAGAGACCCCCCGUCUCUCCCGGCGCCAGGCGUCCUCCUCCUCCUCCUCCUUCUCCUCCUCUUCCUCAUCAUCUUCCUCCUCCGCCUGCUUCUCGGUGGCGGAGGAGCUGAGCAGAGUGCAGGCGGAGCUGGAUCAGUGUCGCUCUGAGCUGCUGGGGAAAACGCAGGAGCUGAGGCGUUACCAGGGCCUGCUGUCUCUGCCCACCCCCUCCAGCACUCUCACCUCCACCGUGGAGCGAAAGCUGGAGGAGGGACAGAGGUGCCUGCGGAAACUGCGGUUGGACCUGCAGGGCAUGGGCAGGGACCUGCAGUCCGCAGAGAGGACGUGUUGCCAUAGCACCAGCGGGGAGAGACUGCGCCUCACGCUGGCCAACGCUGAUAAUACACUCGCCAAGCAGGACCACGCCCUGGGGGAACUGCAAAACAGCCUCCUGUUGGUCAAAAUGGACCUGAGGAAGAAGACCGACAGGCUGGCCCAGCUAAAGGCCACGCCCCCUCCCCAGGCCCCGCCCACCCCCGGCUCCUGCACGAAGAGGGGCCUUGGGGCGGGAGGGGGCGCCGAAAACCACGCCCCCGAGAAACGCCCCUUCCUCCGCACCCCCCUUAUGUCGGGACGCACCCCGUCCCGGAAUGCCCCCGCCACCCCGGCCACGCCCAAUUCCAACGUCCCGCGCUCACGCCACAGAUCACCCCCGCCCGUCCCGGCCUUGUCCCACAAAAGCAAGGGGUGUGUUUUUUAAUGCCAUUGCUACCUCAGUGCCCCGCCCCCCCCCCCGCCCCCCGC